AUGAAAGACCCCACAGGUUCAUCUUUGCCACCUCCUCCAGCUUAUAAUGAGUCUCAAAUACCUGCAACUUCGGCUGCUGCAAACCCAAAUCCCACCUCUUACUAUCAAAGCGAAGAAACCAGAGAUUUUAUCCCGGAUGAUUUCAAAUAUUCAGUAACCGUGACAUCGUGUGACUCACGCGUACGUCGUUGGUUUAUGCGUAAAGUUUACACGCUUUUGUCGUGUCAACUUUUGUCGUCAUUUGCGUUUUGCUUCUGGGUCAGUCGGUCCCCAAAAAUUCAAGACUUCAUCAUUAACCACCAGUGGUUUUUCUUUUUGGCUGCAAUUGCCGGUAUACUCAGCUGUGUGUGGCUCUCUGUAGCUCCUAGAGCUAAUGAUUAUGCUGAGGAAUACACAGGCUUGACCCACGAGACUCAAGAUGUGCCGGCUGAUGCGGACGCCAAUCUUGAGACCAAAAAACCAUGGUAUUACCUGUCAUAUCGCGGCCAGUUACUGCUACUUGCCUUCUUCACGCUUUGCCAGGCUUACACGCUGUCUAUGGUCACCCUCGUGUAUGAUUCGCGCACUAUCUUGAGUGCACUUUUCGUUACCGGCACCGUUGUGGUGGGCAUCACAGCUAUGGCUGUUUCGGAUAGAUUCGAGACCUCUGUCACUGCUUCCAAUACGAUUUAUUACUGGCUGAAUCUGGCCCUGUGGCUGCUGAUUGGUAUCGGCUUGUCUUCAAUAUUCUUCGGUAUGAACUCCAAAGUGGACUUGCUAUACAGCUGGCUGGGUGCCGCAGUAUUCUCUGUCUAUUUGUUCAUUGACACGCAAUUGAUUUUCCGCAAAGUGUAUCCCGAUGAAGAAAUUCGCUGUGCGAUGAUGCUAUACCUGGACAUAAUCAAUUUGUUCCUGUACAUUUUGCGAAUCCUGGGCCGCAACCGCGAAGACUAG